GUCAGCACGCUCCGCGCUUUGCUUGGCCAAACCAAUUCACAUCGAAGAACAUCCGCAGAUGAAAUGCAUUUGCCUCCAGCGACCCAUUUUCUCCUUUCGCUAAACCUCAAUGUCCUUCUCCGUUAAUGUCACUGGAAGAACAGAACGGGCACUGAUGUGACACAGUGGAUCUCGCGCUUUCACAUUUAUCAGGACAAUAUUGUCGCAUAAUGAUGCGCUUCUUUUGAUGUCUGGAAGCUGUCUGAACACGAGUAUAUUAGUCAGUAAGUCUGGUUUCCAGCGGUGCACAUUCGAUCUCCUGUCUACACACCACCAGCUCUCUUCAGUCUGUCUUGAAAGAGGAAAUUGGAUAAGGAUGGAACCAGAGCAGCAAAUUCAAAGCCAGUGCAAGACUAAUGAUCUGGCAUCAUCUGCACAACCAAAAGGACCAGCAGAUCCAUCCUCCACAUCUUCUCCUGCCCCUUCUACACCACCGACGGCUCCAGCCAGGCCACGCCGGCCCCAGAGGAGCCCGCGAGUGGAAGGAUCUAUUGACGUAUCGGAGCCCAAACCUCCAGAAUCUCCUGAAGCGCAGCAGCUGAGCAGCCAUGCUGAAGCGACCGAGCCCAACAGCUCCAAUCAGCCCUCAGAACUCAGUGUUGAUCAUGGACCUCCACGUUUGGCUGGACAGAAGCUUUCAGGACACGCUGCAGUGUCUCGGAGCCACAUUGCAAUGAGGGCCGCCUCGCUUCCUCAGACCCCGUCUUACAGACCACCACUAACUGAUCCCACCCUGCACCCGCAGAGGGCCCUGUCUGUCGCUGGCACCGCCGACACUCAGACGCAGGUGGUGGAGGAUUUCAGCUUACAGGAAGUGAACUCUAUGAUCAACAAACGACUGAAAGAUGUUCUUUUCACUGACCAGUGGAGCGAGGUCUGCAUGGACGCUCUCAGCCCCUUUGGAUAUGUACUGGCCACAUCUCAGAGGAUGCAGGGAAUGCUGCUGCUGGUCUUCUCCAAGUACUUUCACCUGCCGUUCCUGAGAGGCAUUCAAACACAGAGCACUCGCACCGGCCUCGGCGGGAUCUGGGGAAAUAAAGGAGGCGUCAGCGCUCGCAUGAAUGUGUUCGGCCAUUCGAUCUGUUUCUUGAACUGUCAUCUGCCCGCACACAUGGAGAACUCAGACCAACGCAUGGAGGACUUCGAAAGCAUCCUGCAGCAGCAGCAGUUCGAAGGACAAGCUUCUAUGGGCGUCCUGGAUCACGAUGUGGUUUUCUGGUUUGGAGACCUGAACUUCCGAAUCGACGACCUGGAUAUGCAAGUUGUGAAAGCAGCCAUUGACAGUAACAAACUGUCCACAUUAUGGGAAAAAGACCAGCUGAAUAUGGCUAAAGACAGUGAGACUGUGCUCGAAGGCUUUCACGAGGGCCCGAUUAAAUUCCCUCCUACGUAUAAGUUUGAUGUGGGUACAGACACGUAUGAUACCAGUGGUAAGAAGCGUAAGCCAGCAUGGACUGAUCGCAUACUUUGGCGGUUGAGGCCGAUGGCUCAGGUCAGCAACAGCAUGUCGAGGCGCAGCUCGUUGUCAUGUCUAACCAGCGGUACCUGUGUGUCGCAGCAUUUUUACCGCAGUCACAUGGAGUACACCGUCAGUGACCACAAGCCCGUCUCCUCUAUUUUCACUCUGCAGUUCCCAUAUAAGGUGGACAUGCCUUUGGUAACACUCUUUGUAGAGGAUGAAUGGAGAGAGAUAUCAGAUGCAGUGGCCAAAUUCAAGGCGGCACCCAACUUUCCUCGAAGCUCUUGGGACUGGAUUGGACUUUACAAGGUUGGGUUUAAACAUCAUAAAGACUAUGUGAGUUACGUUUGGGCCAAGCAGGAAGAGUCUGAUUUCCUGAGACAGGAGCACCAAGUGAUUUUUACCGAGGAAGAAUUGCCAAAGGAUUCAGGGGACUUCAUACUGGGUUAUUAUAGCAACAAUAUGAGCUCCAUUGUGGGUGUCACCGAGCCAUUCCAGAUUAUUGUGGUUUUCUGGUUUGGAGACCUGAACUUCCGAAUCGACGACCUGGAUAUGCAAGUUGUGAAAGCAGCCAUUGACAGUAACAAACUGUCCACAUUAUGGGAAAAAGACCAGCUGAAUAUGGCUAAAGACAGUGAGACUGUGCUCGAAGGCUUUCACGAGGGCCCGAUUAAAUUCCCUCCUACGUAUAAGUUUGAUGUGGGUACAGACACGUAUGAUACCAGUGGUAAGAAGCGUAAGCCAGCAUGGACUGAUCGCAUACUUUGGCGGUUGAGGCCGAUGGCUCAGGUCAGCAACAGCAUGUCGAGGCGCAGCUCGUUGUCAUGUCUAACCAGCGGUACCUGUGUGUCGCAGCAUUUUUACCGCAGUCACAUGGAGUACACCGUCAGUGACCACAAGCCCGUCUCCUCUAUUUUCACUCUGCAGUUCCCAUAUAAGGUGGACAUGCCUUUGGUAACACUCUUUGUAGAGGAUGAAUGGAGAGAGAUAUCAGAUGCAGUGGCCAAAUUCAAGGCGGCACCCAACUUUCCUCGAAGCUCUUGGGACUGGAUUGGACUUUACAAGGUUGGGUUUAAACAUCAUAAAGACUAUGUGAGUUACGUUUGGGCCAAGCAGGAAGAGUCUGAUUUCCUGAGACAGGAGCACCAAGUGAUUUUUACCGAGGAAGAAUUGCCAAAGGAUUCAGGGGACUUCAUACUGGGUUAUUAUAGCAACAAUAUGAGCUCCAUUGUGGGUGUCACCGAGCCAUUCCAGAUUCAACUGCCAGCAUCCACCGCAGCUGGUCUGAGUCCGUCUGACAGCUCCGACUUCACAUCUGAUGAUGAGCUGAAGAAGAGCGACUCCUGUGACUCCAGCCCUGAGACUGAAGAGCAGCAGAGCAGCAGCUGGCGCUCCAGACGAGCCGAAGGGCCGACGGCAAACCCCGACGAACCGUACUCCAAAGACACCUCUGCACCUUCCAGCUCCAGCAGGUCCUCAGAUGCCCCCGCCGCCGCUGCGGAUGACAGCUCUAACUCAGGAAAAGAUGCAACCAAGCCAGAGGAACCUUAGCUAAGCACAGCACCUUCUCUGGAGGAAGAUAUCAGCUCGAGGCCAGGGUCGCCGGUUUCUGCUGGGUCUGUGAUGUCGUUGUACAUUUACUGUCCUGUGAUGUUGUUUGGAGAUGUUGUCUUAUAUGUUGCAGGGCAGAAAUCAGCGUUCCCUCCAGCAAACACAAGAGGGCAGACUAAAUUGAUUGUGCCUGUUCUGUGUAGUCAUUCUAUUCAUAUUCUUCUUCUUCUAAACCUGAAACACUAAGAAAUAAUCUUAGAUAUACAUGCACGAUAUUAAUUUUUUUCAGAAUUAACCAGGGUUUGGAGCACAAUAGAACAACAAUUCUGGUUCUUACUGGAUUUUUUUGGAGCAGAUCCUCUUUAAGUUUUCUAGUGCUCUGUUCUGAACUCUAGUUGAGCUGUCUAUCUGGGCAUCGUAAGCUAUGUUUCUAUCCAAAGUUGCAAAUUUAACUUGAAA